AUGGAUUCCAUAUCAGAGGCCCUGGAAAAGGUACACCUCGAGAAUCUACCGCCGAAAUCAGAUAAGAUCGAGCUACGAGAGGCUGAGAACGAGGAAAACGAAGAAUAUAUAGAAGCCACGGCGCCGUUGAAUCCGUUUCCCUUCUUCGACCUUCCAUCCGAGUUACGUUUGCGCAUAUAUCACAUCCUUCUCUUUACCCCUCGCCGAAAGCGAGCGCAUCUGCACACCAAGGGCAGUGUGGGAGCCUCGAAGAAAAAUCCACCACUAUCUCCGACAUCUCACCGUAUCAACCUCUUCCUUGUAUCCCGACGUGUGCACGAUGAGGCCUCCGACUACUUCUAUACCACUCAGACGUUCCGUCUCUUCCCCUUGCAGGACUACUCUCGAAUGCCAACAAUCAGUAUGAUACCGCCUAGAUACCGGCCCUCCAUCGCUACUAUCGAAUUAAUCCUGGGGUCCAGCUGGACAGCACCUCCCAGCUCUUGGAAAGUCAACCGCCGCCUUGGCCUAGAAGAAAUGGUUCGUGCCGAGACAUUAAAAGUGUUUAUUGAGGUCGACCCUUCACAUCCGGUGUUUGAAGGCUUCCGGAUUUCUAAGAACUUCUACACUGAAUUUUCUGGUGGAAUACUUCGCGAUGUUCUCGCCAAAAUGCCAAGAUUAGAAUAUGUGGAGUUUGACGGGUGGCCGUCCGUCCGCAAGAACGGGGCGUUGAUGCAGCGUCUACUUCAUGAAGCCAAAGCAGCCAAAAAGAAGAUUGCUUGGGGUCCCCAGCGCGGAUGGACAGACUGUGAUGAGGAAGACAUGGACAUUCCCAUGGUUUACGAGCUGAAGUCGAUGCAGCGUGGUCGAGUCAAUGAUGUCCCACCUCAGACUGAUUCGUUGUUCGGGCCUUAA